CCAUACAAUUAAACCAAUUUCUUUGUUCGGAGACUUUUCUCCUCCUCUCGUCUUCCAAUUUUGGUAUACCCAAAACAAAACAAAAUUGCAAAGACAAAUUUUAAACCUCUGAAUUCAACCUUCUCGGCCAAGAAGAAGAAGAAGAAGAAGAAGAAGGAAAUGGAGAUUUGUAUGUGUUGCGAUGCACACCUCGUAACAAAACCAAUUUUGAAUCCACCAUGGAGCUCUCCGAGGAGAACGAAGCUAGGUUUUGUACCGGCUCUUCGCCGCUUUCACGUCAAGGCUUCGGCGGUGGAUUCGCCUGAGAGUUCUUCAAAUUUCGCCAAGCGUAUGGAUCAAGCUUGGAUUAUCUCACAGCAACCAAGUCCUGUUGGAUGCUCAUCUUGCAAUUCAAAGGGUCAUGUUGAAUGCAAAUGGUGUGCGGGUACAGGAUUCUUCAUCCUCGGUGAUAACAUGCUUUGCCAAGUACCCUCAAGGAAUACUUCUUGCGUGAUCUGCUCCGGACAGGGAUCUGCUUGCUGUAGGGAUUGCAAAGGAACUGGGUUUCGUGCCAAGUGGUUAGAAAAGCCUCCAGUGCCGUCGUAGUUGAAGAGCGAAAAGCAAGUUACGUGAGGGUUUUAAUCUUUAAUGAUUGUUUGUGGAGCUAAAAUGUGUCUAUCAAUCACUAUAUAUUGGUUCGAGUGGAAUCUUAAGUUAGAUAUGCGUAUAUCUUUUCACAAGUAUUAUGUUUGUAUGUGGUAUAUGUUCAUUUAUUCAUUUCUUUAUGAAUAACCAAAGGGCUACAUGAAGAUUUCUUGUAAUCAACAAACGUGACUUUUACGAUUUCAUUAGAUAGAGCAUAUUUCAACGAA